CGUGGUACAUUAACCAGUAUCUCUUUAACGAAGUGCAAGAACUAAGUUGUGUGCAUAUGGUAUGUUGUUAUUUAUUUUCCUCCUGUGUGUGAAAUGCGUGUUAUUACAGCUUUAUGGAGCCUGAUUAACAGGCUCUGCCUCCGUCUUGGUGGCUUUAAGCUCCUCCACCACACAUGAAAGAUGGAGGGAAGAAUUCCUGCUGUACGGAUUCAGUGCUAGAAGAAGGUGGAAGUCGCAGCCAUGUCUGCAACCUGCUGCGCAGUCUUUCCUUGUGACAGAUGAAAAUCACGGCGGGAAAGACGUUGCGUUCAGGGUCUGAUGCCGUACGGAGGCCGUCGGUAAUGAUCAAACUUCCACCUGUGUGUGGCACAAGGAUCUGGUUGAGCUCAGGACCCAGACCAGGCUGUCAGUUACCCGCAGCAACCCGCCUCUCCCGCGUGUUUUCCGUCCUGAUGCAGCGGCCUCGGUUCUUCACUCCCUCCGAGGUGGCGGCGCACAACACCGAGGCCGACCUGUGGGUGUCGUUUCUGGGUAAAGUGCUCGACCUGAGCCCGCUGAUGAGCCGCUACGAAGGGGACGUUCUGCUGCUGCCCAUCAUGGAGUUUGCAGGAAAGGACAUCAGCAGCUGGUUUGACCCCCAAACCAAAGACGUCAGGAAGUACGUGGACCCUCUGACCAGCUGUGUGAGGUACUACACCCCCAGGGGUCGCUUCGUACACGUCCCCCCCGCCGGCCCGCGCUCCGACUGGGACACUGACGUGGGCGAGCCGUGGUGGAGGGACCCCCGCUACGAGGUGGGGCGGCUGUCCGCUAAGACCCGGUGGAUACGAGUCAUCAACACGCUGACCCUGCAGGAGCAGCUGCUGCAGGUGUGCUCGGAGGAGACUCUGGAUGAGAUCCUGACGCGUUACCUGCCCUACAAUGCUCACGCCCGCAGCUACACCUGGAAGCACCACGGAGACGUCCUCGACAUGAGCAAGACGCUGAGCGACAACAACGUCCCCGACGACGACGAGGAGCUGGACCAGCUGGGAAUAGACCGAGACCUCUACGUCCCCGCCAUCUUCCUCCACUUCAACGAUGACCUCACAGAAGGAUGAUGUCAUCGAUAGUCAGGAUCCGUUCAAAUAAACGUUGAGGUCCAGGUUCAUGGAAAGUUCCAUCCUUCAUUCAGAGGUGUUAUUUCAUGGGCACAGAAUUAGGUAGGGACGG